CGCCGCAGCCUCCCCGCUCCGGACUGCCGACAUGCCGGCCCCCCGUAGACCAGCCCUGCUGUUGCUGCUGCUGCUGCACGUCCCGCAGGGUGCGAGACCCCAGGUCAACCCGGCGGUAUGCCGGUACCCCUUGGGAAUGUCAGGCGGGCACAUCCCAGACGAGGACAUCUCAGCCUCCAGCCAGUGGUCCGAGUCCACAGCUGCCAAGUACGGACGGCUGGACUCAGAGGACGGCGAUGGUGCCUGGUGCCCCGAGAUCCCAGUGGAGCCUGACGACCUGAAGGAGUUCCUGCAGAUUGACCUGCGCGCCCUGCACUUCAUCACGCUGGUGGGCACCCAGGGGCGCCACGCUGGGGGCCACGGCAAUGAGUUUGCCCCAAUGUAUAAGAUCAACUACAGCCGGGAUGGCACCCGCUGGAUCUCCUGGAGGAACCGGCACGGGAAGCAGGUGCUGGAUGGGAACACCAACCCCUACGACAUCGUCCUCAAGGACCUGGAGCCGCCCCUCAUCGCCCGCUUCGUCCGCUUCAUCCCCGUCACCGACCACUCUAUGAACGUCUGCCUGCGCGUGGAGCUGUAUGGCUGUGUCUGGCUGGACGGGCUGGUGUCCUACAACGCGCCUGCUGGGCAGCAGCUCGUCCUUCCUGGGGGCACCGUCAUCUACCUGAACGACUCGGUGUACGACGGGGCAUUCGGGUACAGCAUGACGGAGGGCCUGGGCCAGCUGACGGAUGGGGUGUCGGGGCUGGAUGACUUCACUCAGACUCACGAGUACCACGUCUGGCCGGGCUAUGACUACGUGGGCUGGCGCAAUGAGAGCACUGUUGGGGGCUACGUGGAGAUCACCUUUGAGUUCGACCGCAUCAGGAACUUCACUGCCAUGAAGGUCCACUGCAACAACAUGUUCGCCAAAGGGGUGAAGAUCUUCAAGGAGGUGCAGUGCUACUUCCGCGCUGACGCCAGCGAGUGGGAGCCCAGCGCAGUCUCCUCGGUGCUGGUGCUGGACGACGUGAACCCCAGUGCCCGCUUUGUCACCGUGCCCCUGCUCCACCGCAUGGCCAGCGCCAUCAAGUGCCAGUACUACUUUGCCGAUGCCUGGAUGAUGUUCAGCGAGAUCACCUUCCAGUCGGAUGCAGCCAUGUACAACAACUCUCUGGCCCCCCCCGAGGCGCCCGUGGUCCCCACCACCUACGACCCCACACUCAAGGUAGACGACAGCAACACGCGCAUUCUGAUCGGGUGCCUGGUGGCGAUCAUCUUCAUCCUGGUGGCCAUCAUCGUCAUCAUAUUGUGGCGGCAGUUCUGGCAGAAGAUGCUGGAGAAGGCGUCACGGAGGAUGCUGGAUGACGAAAUGACCGUCAGCCUCUCCCUGCCCAGCGAAUCCAGCAUGUUCAACCACAACCGCUCCUCCUCCUCCAGCGAGCAGGAGUCCAGCUCCACCUACGACCGCAUAUUCCCCCUGGGACCUGACUACCAGGAGCCCUCCCGCCUGAUCCGCAAGCUGCCCGAGUUCACCCCGGGGGAGGAGGACACAGGCUGCAGCAGCCCCAUGAAGCAAUCCCAGGCCAGCGUCCCUGAAGGCGUCCCCCACUACGCCGAGGCCGACAUCGUGAACCUGCAGGGCGUGACGGGCGGCAACACCUACUCGGUGCCGGCCCUCACCAUGGACCUGCUCUCCGGCAAGGAUGUGGCUGUCGAGGAGUUCCCCAGGAAGCUGCUGACCUUCAAGGAGAAGCUGGGGGAAGGCCAGUUUGGGGAGGUUCACCUCUGCGAAGUGGAGGGGAUGGAGAAGUUCACGGGCAAGGACUUUGCUCUGGAGGGCUUGGACACCAGCUCCAACCACCCUGUGCUGGUGGCUGUGAAGAUGCUGCGAGCAGAUGCCAACAAGAAUGCCAGGAAUGAUUUUCUGAAGGAAAUCAAGAUCAUGUCACGGCUGAAAGACCCCAACAUCAUCCGGCUGCUGGCAGUGUGCAUUGCGGACGACCCGCUGUGCAUGAUCACCGAGUACAUGGAGAACGGGGACCUCAACCAGUUCCUGUCCCGCCAACAGGCAGGCAGCCCCCCCGCAGGCCACGCGCCCACCGUCAGCUACAGCAACCUGCGGUUCAUGGCCACCCAGAUUGCCUCCGGCAUGAAGUACCUCUCCUCCCUCAACUUCGUGCACCGAGACCUGGCCACACGCAACUGCCUGGUGGGGAAGCAGUACACCAUCAAGAUAGCCGAUUUCGGCAUGAGCAGGAAUCUCUACAGCGGGGACUACUACCGUAUCCAGGGACGGGCGGUGCUGCCCAUCCGCUGGAUGUCCUGGGAGAGCAUCCUGCUGGGCAAGUUCACAACGGCCAGUGACGUGUGGGCAUUUGGCGUGACGCUGUGGGAGACCUUCACGCUCUGCCGGGAGCAGCCCUACUCGCAGCUGUCCGAUGAGCAGGUCAUCGAAAACACUGGCGAGUUUUUCCGGGACCAGGGCCGGCAGACCUACCUUCCCCAGCCUGCACUAUGCCCUGACUCAGUCUAUAAGCUAAUGCUCAGCUGCUGGAGACGGGACACUAAAGAUCGUCCCUCCUUCCAGGACAUCCAUCGCCUUCUCCAAGAGUCAGCCAGUGAAGAAUGACCCUUUGCUCCCCCCCAGCCCGGUCCCCAUCCCUCCCCAUCCACAGAGGAGCCCCAUACGCAAACCGAAGCCACUUCACUCGGACUUAGCAAUAAAACCCGGCAGCUGGUCUUGUUCUCAUUGUACAGUGAAGCCUCAGAGGAAAACCCCAAGGGCAGCAAGGAGAGCCACGGCGUGGGACGACUCGGACCUCCCCCUCGCUUGCUGACCCGAGCCCGGGAGCAACGCAGGCUGAGAUGAGGGUUAUUUAUUGAUGCAGCAUGUUCUUGGUGAUGAAGACCAGGACAGAGUGGCUUCUUUCCCCUGGUCGGAGGGGAGGAAUGUCAGCUGGACUUUCUCCGUGAGGAAGAUCCCGGCCCAUGUGCAGGGCAGGUGCCUGGGGAAGGGAUGCGCGUGGGUACCUGCCCACUGGAGCAGGGACCGUCUGGCAGCCACUACCUGCUCGAGGAGGAGCUGGGAGUUGCCACUAGCUCACAGUGGGCUGUGCAAUUACAGGGUGAAAAGAAAAACUCUCCGGACGUUCUGGCCUUUGGACAUGCCGCAUGGAGGGGCAGGCAGCCCCGUCCCUGCCAGCCAGACCCCAGUUGCACAGGGAGAAGCCUGACAGCACUCUCGGCUACUCGCCCGGCUGCUGGAGUGGGCAGUGUGCUCAGCCGGGGCCCCUCCGUGUCAGCCGGGGAGGAGUGGGCAUGCCAGCCCCAGUGAGAGGCAUGCCAAGGGGACCUCCUCUCACCAACCACAGCCACUCCAGAGCUGCUCAGCUGCCCACGAAAUGCAUUUUGGAUGCCCCACGGGUGCUGUGUGGCAGCCAGUGGUGGGAUGUUAGCACCUUUCACCUCCAAGGGGAAAUCUCCAGGUCCUCCUCUCCCGGGGUUAACCCACAUCUUCACCCGCCAUGAGAGGAAUGCACAUAGCAGAGCUUUCACUGGCUGCUGCCCGAUGCCCAAGCCUGCAACAGCCUGUGGGCAUGAAGCAGUGGGCACCCCGG